ACCCGGCUUACUAAGUAACAAAGGAAGGAGGCGAGACUUGAGUUGGUGAAGUCCGAAACAAUAACGUAUCCGAGGAUCCUGAUUGGCUGCCGAUAUGUCGUUAGGGAAUCCUGCUCCCCUCCCUGACACAUGUCAGCAUUCCGCGGAUCCGGAGUUUCUGCGUCACCUAUGUCUUGCAGUGACAUUCAUGUGCACUUGUCGCUGGCGAGUGACAUCUCAUAUUAACUUUACUCGCUUCAAAACAGCCCCUUCUACCCGUGCUCGUUGUUCCUUUCUGUUACUAUGUUGAUAUAAAGCCCCGUGCUCUGCGGUUGAAAUCUACCUGUGACCCCAAGCCACAUCGCCGUCUGACAGCCCCCCUGCAUCAUCAGGGAUAGUAAGCAGCACUUUUAAUCACUUUAAUUGUUCUCGUUUCCGAAAAUUCCGCCACGGACGCGUUAUGGCACGCAACGGAGACUCAACGCUGCACCUGCCGCGCAUCCUCUGCUUGCACGGUGGAGGCACCAACGCGCGUAUCUUCAAGUCGCAAUGCCGCGUCAUGUCGCGGAUGUUAGAGCCAUACUUCCGGUUGGUGUACGCGGAGGCUCCGUACGAAUCCUCCGCCGGCCCGGACGUGCUAUCUGUCUACGCCGAGCACGGCCCAUUCAAGCGCUGGCUGCGGUGGCUCCCGGACCAGCCCGAGGUUGAGGACGAUGCCGCGAUCGGGGAGAUCGACGCCCAGCUUAAAAAAGCCAUGGAUGAGGACAACCGCGAGGGUGCUACGGGGCCGUGGGUCGGGCUGCUUGGGUUCAGUCAGGGCGCUAAGCUAGCGGCGAGUCUGCUAUUCAGACAACAGAUCCGAGCGGCGAAGUUAGGAGCCUCGUCAGCGGGCUCGGACUGGAAGUUUGCCGUGCUUAUGGCCGGACGGGCACCCAUAGUGAAUCUAGCACCCGACGUGUUUAAGUCGUCUAUGCUGCAUCACCCAUCGCAAAUCGGACUUAUGGGCGGCCCGGAUCUGAUGGAGAUGAUGAAGGGAGAACACAUAUUGAGGCUUCCGACUAUCCACGUCCACGGGUUGAGCGACCCAGGCCUGCAUCUACAUCGCGAGCUGUACGAGGAAUACUGCGACCCGGCGACUAAGAGGUUGGUUGAGUGGAACGGAAAUCAUAGGGUACCGCUCAAGGGAACGGAUGUAACCCCGGUAAUAGACGAGAUCCUAGAUGUUGCAAGGGAAACCGGGGCGCUGAAAGGUUGAGAUAAUGUUGCAUGUUUUUUCUAGCUUUUUCUUGCAUUUAGAUUGGAUACCGUUUGUUAGAAUCAUAUUAAAUACCUAUCGAGUUAGACGGAGUAAUGAGAUAACAAAUAUUCUA